ACCUCUGUCGUUUUUAUCUUCUUUUUACUAUUCCGCUACUGCGUUUUGGUUUCAAACUAGAGAGAACCCUAGUCUCUGUGAAUGCUCAACUGCUUUCUCCUUCAAUUUCUUCCCCAAAGAUCGCUUCUUUUUUACACAUUUCUCAAAUCAAAAGGUUGGCUCAGCAUUUUAAUGGUUCUGUUUCUUGGGUGGCUGAGGAAAGAGAAUUUCUUAUUUUGAUUUCAUGGACAGCCAGAAUGGGUGUAUAUAUAUUAGUUCGUCAGAUGAUGACUUGGAGGAGAUAGAAGAUCCAAGGAGGACUCUUCCGCAAUGGGCUACUAAUACAGAGAAGAGUUCAUAUAAUGGUGGAUGGUCUAGGCGGGAUAGUUCUUCAAGAGGGGCAAAUAGUUCAAACCCAAGCUCUUCUAAUGUUUAUAAUCAUUCACAAGUUAAGCCUCAAACCCUGCCCGUGUCCAGCACCAAUACACUGAACCAUAGAAUUGCACGAAGAGAUGAACCUUCCUACCAUGCCCUGAAUGGAAACACAAGUCAGCAACAGACUGUUAGUUCCCGAAUUUCAAAUAUUCAUGGUGCAGAUUAUGAGAAAAUGUCAUCUCAGCAAGCUUUCAAGAGGACCCUUCCGUCAUCUCUUCAACCUUCUGCAACAAGGGCUCUUCCUUCUUCAUUUGCAUCAGACAGCAGAUUAAGAAACUUAAAAGAUAACGCGAGCAGUAGUCAACUUCAUGAUGCAUAUAAGAAUCGUCCCCAUGGAGUAGGACCUAGCACGUCCAGUGACAGGGGCUACAUUCGUGAAAAUUUUGGCAGGGGCUAUGAUGAAGAUCGUUUCUUGUAUCAAAAUGGUGGGAAUAGGAUUCUUCCUUCACCUUUGAUGCUCGGAAAGGUUAUAUCUCCACAGUUUGCUACUUCUAGUGAAUCUGCGUAUCGUUCUGGAGCAGGUGAUGAAAGGGCUGCUGAAAGUGAUGAGAGACUAAUUUAUGAGGCAGCAUUGCAGGAUAUCAGUCAACCUAAAACAGAAUAUGACUUACCUGCUGGUGUAUUGUCUGUCUCUCUUCUGAGACAUCAGAAAAUUGCAUUGGCUUGGAUGCUUCAGAAGGAAACCAAGAGUUUGCAUUGCUUGGGGGGGAUUUUGGCUGAUGAUCAGGGCCUUGGAAAGACAAUUUCAAUGAUUUCCCUCAUCCUGGCACAGAGGACAUUACAGUCAAAAUCGAAAAUAGAUGAUACAUGCAGUCAUAAAACUGAAGCUUUGAAUUUGGACGAUGAUGAUGACAAUGGUAGUGUUGAUGUGGAAAAGCAUAAAAAUAGCGAAGAAUCUGAUGAUAUAAAACCUAGUAGAGAACCAAGCAGUUCAACACAGGCACCUGGUAGAAAAAGGCCAGCUGCUGGUACACUAGUUGUCUGCCCUGCUAGUGUUCUUCGACAGUGGGCCAGGGAACUCGAUGAAAAAGUUGGAGAUGAAAAGCUUUCUGUUUUGGUUUAUCAUGGGGGCAGUAGGACAAAGGAUCCUGUUGAGCUCGCAAAAUUUGAUGUGGUUCUAACAACAUACUCUAUUGUGACUAAUGAAGUUCCCAAACAACCAUUAGUUGAGGAGGAUGAUAUUGAUGAAAAAAUGGGGGAAAGAUUUGGGUUAUCCUCUGAGUUUUCUGUUAGUAAAAAGAGGAAAAAGCCAUUUAAUGGAAAUAAGAAGAGUAAAAAAGGUGGAAAGGGAAUUGACAGUUCUUCUAUUGAAUGUGGUUCUGGUCCUCUUGCCAAAGUUGGUUGGUUUAGGGUUAUUCUUGAUGAGGCUCAAACGAUAAAGAAUCAUAGAACUCAGGUGGCUAGAGCUUGCUGCAGCCUUAGAGCCAAAAGAAGGUGGUGCUUAUCUGGAACUCCUAUUCAAAAUACUAUUGAUGAUUUGUAUAGCUACUUUAGGUUCCUAAAGUAUGAUCCUUAUGCUGUAUACAAAUCAUUCUACAAUACAAUAAAAGUUCCAAUAUCCAAAAAUACUAUUCAAGGUUACAAGAAACUUCAAGCAGUUUUAAGGGCCAUAAUGCUACGUCGUACAAAAGGAACUUUGCUUGAUGGGAAGCCAAUAAUCAAUUUGCCUCCCAAGACAAUUGAGCUCAGUAAGGUGGAUUUCUCGAUUGAGGAGCGGGCAUUCUACACCAAACUGGAAUCAGAUUCGCGUUCUCAAUUUAAGGCAUAUGCUGCUGCUGGGACAGUGAGCCAAAACUAUGCUAAUAUUCUUUUAAUGCUUUUACGUCUCCGACAGGCUUGUGACCACCCGCUUCUUGUUAAAGAUUUUGAUUCUGAUCCUGUUGGGAAGGAUUCUGUCGAAAUGGCAAAAAAUCUUCCUAGGGAAAUGCUGAUUAAUCUUUUUAAUUGUUUGGAAUCAACCUUUGCUAUAUGUCUUGUUUGCAACGAUCCUCCUGAAGAGCCUGUUAUUACGAUGUGUGGUCAUGUCUUCUGUUAUCAAUGUGUAUCAGAAUAUUUGACUGGUGAUGAUAAUACGUGCCCGUCAGUUAAUUGUAAAGAACUAAUUGGCGACGAUCUUGUUUUCUCCAAAGCUACUUUGAGGAGUUGCAUCUCUGAUGAUGGUGGCAGUGUUAGUUUUGCAAAUUCACAUCUUUGUGAUUAUUCACUAGUGCAGCAGCGUGACUACACUUCAUCUAAAAUCAAAGCUGUUCUUGAGGUUCUGCAGUCAAAUUGUAAAUUGAAGAUUUCUAGUUCUGACUUACCGAACUCCUCUGGAGGUUGUAGAGAUUCACCUUCUUUGGAUAAUUUACAUGUUGAAGACUGCGAUUCAGAUGUUAGGGUUACAAAACACACAAGAAGGUAUUCAGAGUCCACAACUGAAGGACCAAUAAAGGCUAUAGUUUUUUCCCAGUGGACUAGCAUGCUGGACUUAGUUGAGACAUCGUUGAAACAAUUUGGUAUACAGUACCGGAGACUUGAUGGUAGAAUGACUCUGGGUGCGAGGGACAAAGCUGUUAAGGAUUUCAAUACUGAACCUGAGAUAACUGUUAUGCUGAUGUCACUAAAAGCAGGAAACCUUGGUUUGAAUAUGGUUGCUGCAUGUCAUGUUAUUCUUUUGGAUCUUUGGUGGAAUCCUACAACUGAAGAUCAAGCUAUUGAUCGAGCUCACAGAAUUGGGCAAACUCGUCCUGUUACUGUGACACGAAUCACUAUAAAAGAUACAGUUGAAGAUAGGAUACUGGCUCUUCAGGACGACAAGAGAAAAAUGGUUGCAUCUGCUUUUGGGGAAGACCAUGCUGGCGCGUCUGGAACUCGCCUUACAGUAGAUGAUCUGAAGUAUCUUUUCAUGGUGUAGACUCUAGACCACUCCUUGCUUGUUCUUCCCAUGAUGGAUGAUUUGAAGUUUUGUUUUGGGUGGUUUGGCAUGGAGUUAGGAUGGUUCUUAAGGAGGAGGGUAUGACUGUUUUUUGAGUACCUGCUGACAUCGGUUGCACAAGUUGGCAGGCAAGGCGAGGCUUGGUUGAUCCAAGUGGUAACUUGAUCUGUUUUGAAGCCCACAAGGGCAUUUUUGUCCUCCAAACUGCUAUGUAGCUGAAGGCUGUCUGUAAAUAUACUAAUUAAAUUAUAUGGCUUAUGAAAAUAUGACCUUGUGCAACUGCCCUUUCUGUUCUAGUGUACAGUUUUCUUCAUAGUCCUCAACUGUGCAGGGAAAGCAUAGAUUGUUUGUCUAGCUAAACACACUUUUGAAUUACUGAUUAUUAUACUGAGGAGCUAGUUGGUAGCCUCCAUGCUUUGCUCCCAGCUCCGAUGAAAUUUGAC